UCUAAUCAUGGAUCAGAUAAGGUGUUAAGCUCCUUCUUCAUUGUUGGAAUGUCAUACCUCAACAUUGUUUUAUAGUGGACGCAGCCUGAGUCCCAUAAGGAUAUUCUCUGAUCUAAUAUUUAUUCUCUGUCAAACCAUGAUCUGAAAUUUCCAGCUCUGAGGCUGAAGAUGUCUGGUGUGAAUGUGGCAAGUGAGCCUCGUGCUUUGCCUCAGACUUACAGGAGCAAUUAACCAAUGUGCACAAUGUCGUUGAGAAGAACAGAUGGGGCAUCCAUUAUCCAAGCCCUGGCGAUGACUGUGGCUGAGAUUCCAGUUUUCCUGUACUCUACGUUUGGACAGUCCAUCUUCUCGCAACUGAAGUUAUCUCCAGGGCUGAAGAAGGUUCUUUUUGCAACUGCUUUGGGCACAGUGGCCUUGGCCUUGACAGCGCACCAGUUGAAGAGGAGACGGCGGAGGAAAAAACAAGAUGCAGAGAAACUCAAGGAGUCUCAGCUCCCUUCUCUAGGGAAAUUUGCACCCUUACGGAGAGCAACACCCCCUAAAAGAGUGCAGAGCCCAGGAAGUAAGAGUAAUGAUACUCUCAGCGCAGUAUCCUCCAGUGUGCUUGGCAGGCGAUCCAGCUCUUCCCACAGUCUGACAUCAGUACGACCAGCAAACUCACCAAGUCCAGGCUUGCCAACUGAAACGUGGGAAGCAGAAAUAGUUCAGGAAGAGAGUGAGAUGGCAGAGGAUUCCAAUGCUGAGAACCUAUAUGUUAUGGGGAUGGCGCUGUUUGAAGAAGCAUUGCAGAAGUGGGAACUCGCCCUCACUCAGCGGCAGAAGAGCAACUCUGAAACGGAAAGGAAGAAUUAUCUGAUGAACCUGGGAGCAAGUGGUGGGACAGGGGAUGGCUGUGAGGAAUCCCGAAGGAAGGAGUUUUCACAGAAGCUGGAAGCUCUACUUCAUCGAGCCUACCGACUGCAAGAAGAGUUUGGGGAGACUGUACCUUCAAACAGUCUGUUGGCUGAUUUUGAGUGUGUUGGUGCACUAGCUCUUCCCUAUGGAGAGGAAUCUGCGAGAUACUAUGUGGAUGAUGAUAUCACUGUGACUUCAGAGGACUCGUUUGUUUCAGCGGCAGAGCUAUUUGAUUCUUCAUUUGAUGAGGAGAGAUUCUACUUGUCCAGACCGUCUGCUUUGUACGAGGAAGCCAUGAGGGUUGUUCGAGAUGACAGGGUCUCUUGCCGGUCAUUCAGAACUGAGCUCUUGGAGUGCUACAAUGACGAGGACUUCCUGGCAAAACUACAUUGUGUGCGUCAGGCAUUUGAGAUACUACUGCAAGAGGAGGAAAACAGACUUUACUUCAGUGAAAUUGGAAAGCAGAUGAUCACAGGACUGAUGUCAGCUGCGGGAAAGAAUGUCAAUAGAUUCCAUGAGACCUACAAAGAAAUGUUGCACUACGCAGGAAGAGAAGAAACCUGGGAGACAACAGAACGAGAACUCAAGGGACGAGGGGUUGUGUGCAUGAACUUCUUUGACAUUGUGUUGGAUUUUAUUUUGAUGGAUGCCUUUGAAGACCUGGAAAACCCACCUUCAUCUGUGGUUGCUGUUUUACGGAACCGCUGGCUUUCGGAUAGUUUUAAGGAGACGGCUCUUGCUACAGCUUGUUGGUCAGUGUUGAAAGCAAAAAGGCGAUUAUUGCAGGUUCCUGAUGGCUUCAUUUCCCACUUUUAUUCCAUUUCUGAACACGUCAGUCCUGUACUAGCCUGGGGUUUUCUAGGACCGAAGCAGCACCUUUGUGAAGUUUGCACUAUCUUUAAGCAACAAAUUCUCCAGUAUUUGAAGGACAUGUUUGAUGUGGACAAAAUGCGAUACACAACCGCAAAUUUGCUGGCAGAUGACAUUGUUCAGUUAUCGCAGCGACGCAGUGAGAUUCUCCUUGGUUACCUGGGAACUGAUGCAAUAAUGAAAAUGAAUGGGUCGAUACCAACUGACAAUGGACCUUUGGAAGAGGGCAAUCUUGUGUGAAAUCCAGUCACAAAGGGUAUUUUAAAAAUAUCAAUGUUGGGAAGAGAUGAAUCAAACAACUGAGAAUCAGUGGAUUCUAUCUGAUUACUGGAUGACUCCAUAUUGAGGAGACUUGCAAGAUUCUAUAAGAAUACUCCAUACACAUUGAGGUUGGCUCAUUCUGUUGGAUAUCAAUAUUUUGACAUGGUAUUGGUUGGGAAAAGAUGGGAUAAGAUGUUAUUCUUCAAUAAUCUAACAUAUUCUAGGGAUGCAAGGGCAUUUCUUUAAUGGAUAGCCCACAAAUCACAGGACCGGGAAUAUGCUUCUCUCCAAGUUUUAACAAUACGUUUGAGAUAUGAGGGCAUAGAUCAGUCCUUAAGAAUAGAUGCAUUUGUGUAGUGGGUGAAUACAUUGCCUGGUCUAUCACUGAGCCAUUCAGACCAGAAAAUGUAGUUGUGAUCACUGGAUAUCGGGGUAGUAAAGAGUGCACUACAAUUGGCCUUUGUACUCCUGGGCUAAAGAGGAAGAAACUUUAUCCAGUGUUCCCUGUCCACUUGUUUUCCUAUUACUACUACUGAUACAGUGCAGAGGAGUCCAUUCUUGACAAAACUAUCAUUGUUGCACAAAAAAACAUUGUCCAUGAAAUUUAAAGCACUUUUAAAAUAAAUUCACCUGAAUGAAAAUGGAAAAUAUGAAAAAAAACACCUGAAUCUGCAGAUUAGUGACAUGUUUUAAGGAAAUAAUUUGAUUAUUCUUGCUGAUGAAUUGUAAAAAUAUAAUACCAUACUUGAUAUUGUUACUUGACCUGUGCCAACCGAACAUCCUCCAGUUCUGUGGGGGUCCAUUGUCCUAAAUGAUGUCACUGAGGAAGAACCAACAGAUUGUAGGCUUUACUUGUUUCUGUAUUUUAACAGGAUAAGAGUUUUAAAACAGGAAAUGAAUGUUCCACAAUAUAUGUGGAACAUGUUUGAUGCUGUAUUCCAUAGUAAAUAGCCUUUCCACAAUUUUUUAAAAAAUGCCUCUCCAGUGCAUAAUCAGGUAUUUGGUAGUUAUUCCAAAAGGCAAAAAGGGGCUCUAAGGAGGGAUGCUGCUUGUGGCAAAUAGAAUUGUUCUAAAUCAAUCUGACACAGUAACUCAAAAUAAAACCUUGUUAGGUUGGCAUCAUUUGUUGAUCAUAUAAUGAUAUAAAGUAUCAAUAUACUCGGUUUCUUCACUUGGAGGGAAUGGAUAUAAUCCAAUUAUUCAAAGCUUGAUAAUCAAGAAAUACUAGCACACCAUCUAGGAGUCAGUGCAUGGAAUGGUAGAAGAUGAAUGUGGAUGCCUUUUUAUUUCUUCCUCUCUGGUAGCUAACUAUACAUUAGAAAGUCUGAAUGCAAAAGUUCAACUGUCAGGAGUUGAAUUCAAACUUAGUUGAGAUAGCUGUAAACUUGUUUUUCUAUUAACCACCACCUUUUUCCCUAUCCAGUUCAUCCCCUACCCUCCAUUACAUUAAAGUGUAGAAGUGCUGGUGGGUGGGGGGAGGGAGGCAAGAAAGGGAAUCUCUAAUGUGCUUCAGGAUUGUUUAAACUUCUGGCUUGAGUAAUUGUAUUACAUACAUCCCUACCAAAUAAAGGGACGUAGUAUAUUGAUAUCUGAUAUCUAUAUCUUAUGGUCAAUAGAUGCCAACCAAUAGUAGUUUUUCAAAAUUUCAGUUACAGUGUUAGUGAAAAUGGAACAAUUCUAUUUGCCUUAGAAUCCCUUUCUGGCUCUUGGAAUAAAUAGCUCUCCAUACUACUCUGAAAAAGCAAAACCACUUGCUAAUGGAAGAUGUGGAGGAUUUCUCGGUGGGAAUGGGGAUUAAAGUUUUCAAUUUGCAUUUUGUUGGAGCUUCCUCAUGUGGAGCCCAGUUUGGGUUCUCUGUUAUAAUCUGGUCUUGAGAUAAUUUGCUGACUUCUGGAAAAACUCAAAAUUCUUUUUUUUACCAUUAAUGUUGCAUAUUGGCUGAUUUUAUAAAUAGCCUCUAUAUCUCUUCUGGAAUCAUAUCUUGGUUACCGAAGGCUUAACAAUAAAUUAACCAAAUGUACAGCUUUAAAAAAAAAUUAAGUUAAAUUGAUGGGGUACUCUGGUUUUCCUGUGUCUCACUAUAGUGGUGCUUUCCCAGAAGUCUUGGUUAUUGUGUGUUUCUAACAUGUGUUCGGGACAUUGAGAGAAAGUGACUACUGGUGACUUUUCAAAAAAAAAGUUGACAGUGCAGUGGUUGGAAUCGAAAGGAAUAUCCUUCUAGUUUACAAGGGCUAAUGGAAUUAAGUAUCUCGCUAAUUUUGAAUAAAAGACUGAAUGUUAAGCAAAGAUUGACUUAACCUGUGAGGACACUGUCCCUGAACUACUAGCUCCUGAGUUGAAGUCCCAAAUCAUUCCGGGAAGAAAUUUUUCUUUGGCCAAGUGGUUGGCAUAGGAGCUUGGUGAGAAAUUUGAGACUGUGUGGCUCCCUAAAGUGUAAUGGUUUUCAAAGCAAAAACUAUCACUCUCAGUCUUGAGGACUUUUAAGGAGUCAGAAUUGGAAAUGUAUAUUAUGUCACUAGUAUAGUAAGAAGUUCUAUCCUGCAGUUGAAGUUUAUCAUUGGGUUGAAGUGCAUCAUUGGGAGCUUUAUCACCUACUUCUGGCUUGAGUAAUUGUAUUACAUACAUCCCUACCAAAUAAAGGGAUGUAGUAUAUUGAUAUCUGAUAUCUAUAUCUUAUGGUCAAUAGAUGAUGCCAACCAAUAGUAGUUUUCCAAUGUAUACAUGGUAAGAUGAGUUGGAUACUCACUGUGUGCUUGCCAAACCUGAACCGUACUGGUUGUAUCAAAGUAUCUAAAUAUGUUCAUGCCCAAAAAAGGUCUUAAUUUCAGAAAAGAAUAGGUAAUUUAUUCCACGUACAGAUUGGAUUUCUUACCACACUUUUAAUUUGGUAUUCUCUAUCCUGACCCCGCCCCCCCCCCCCCCCCCCCCCCCCCACAGCUCAACACCAAAUGGCACAAUGAAGUACAGCAGUUAUUGUGAAAGGAUUUUUUUGUGUGAUGUUGAUUGAGGAACUAAGUUUUGGACAAGGCACAGGGGAUUCUUUUAAUAUAAUGUGGAAUUGUUCACCCAACAGGGGUGAUGGGACCCUGUUUAACAACGCAUCCUUAGCUGGCAUCACUGAUCAUACAGAGCUCACUCAACCUGCACUUGAAUAUAUCAGCCAAGAAUUUGUGCUCUGGGGUGAGAUAGUGAAGAUUCGGAGAGCUUCCCAUCACUGUUGCACUGAGUAUUUGGUUUUGCAAUAUGCCCGCUUCUAACUUUCAUCCCAUUUACCUUCGCCUUUGGCAGAUUCCUACAACUGCAUACAUCUCUGAUCUUUUCCACGAGUUCCUGGCUUUAGGUUGGUACCAUAUUUGGUAAACAGCACCAUUGUUUUCUUGCUAAAUACUAUUGGAAAGGAGGACUAACCCAGCAAUGAAGCUCACAGUCUUGUAGUUCCUUCCUCCUUCCACAAGGAUAACACAUUCGAGAUAUUCAGGUAAUUGUGCAAGAGGACCAUUUGGCCUGUGUUCAGCCUUUUAGAUGCAUUCUAUAAUACAAACUGUUUUAUGAAUCAUUCCAAAAUUUUUGCCUCCCUUUCCAAGGAUGUCCUUUCCCACUGAUUAUCUACUCUUUGCAUGCAGAAUUAUCUGAUAUCAGUCUGAAGUUACUAUUUAGUAGUUUGAAUCAGUUGGACAGAAGGUAACAUCAUUUUAAACUAAUGUUGCAGAAUUAUCCUUUUCAAUAUCAUUUACUAUCUUGUAUACCCUUGAGAAUGCUUAUAAGAUUUUUGCAGGAUGAAAGGUAUGAUUCAUUUAAAUCUUUCCUCGAUAAUUCUAAAACCCUAUCACUGGGGAUUAGCCUCAAGGCUUUUCACUGCACACCUUCUCUAAGCUUUGAAUUUAUUCUUUGUGUUUCUGCAGUCAAGUGGAUGAGAUGCUUGUUCUGUGGUCUGAUCAGAGGCUUGUAAAAUGUGAUCAUCACAUCCUCUAACUUGCAUUGACUGCUUUGGUGAUAUAAUUUGACAUUGUGUUGUUGAUGCUGUCCUGCUUCAGUUGGACAUCUUUAGUAACCUGCUGAGAUUCUGAGGUCUCUUUCUACUUCACUAUAUUUAUUUUCAUAUCAUCUGUGAAGUGUGCACACUGGAGCAUUCCUAGAAUGGCCUUUGAACAAGACACUAAUGUGCAUCCUUCAAGAAAAAUUAGUUUAAACAAAAUAAAAACAUACAGUUAGUGGCAUUUCUGUUAUUAGAUUCUAUUCUGUUAGCUGCAUACCAGUGAACUUAUAAAAUUGUGGAGUGGGCAUCUAUACCUCAAUCUACUGCUAUAAUUUUUUUUCCAUUAACAAGACUAACAGAUGUCAUUGGAUCUUGUGUUGAAUUCAAAUAUGAUGUAUUUUAAUUGUAAAUUAAUGUAAUUUGGGUUCAGAAAUUGAGUUUGUAUCACAAUCUGACAAGGAAAUAUGAGCAUUAUUGAUAUUUGAAAGUUUUACUUUUUUUUUAUUUUUCAUUGAUCUACAGCCCCUCCAUUAACAUUGCCUGUCCAAUCUCUGUGCUUAAAGUGUAUUCUAUUUUACUACUUUCUGUUGCUCAUUCUGUUGAUCCAUCUACCAAUUGUGCCAGGUCUUGGUUUGUUGUGCUUUGCUUUGUAAGCAGAAUAUGAUGAUAAUGCAUUAAUAACCAGUCCUUGGAUGCCUGUAACCCUUGUUAGGUGGUCAGUGGGAGCAGGGAAUGUUGGAUUUUGUAACGGGGUUUUAUAACUAUGUAGAAGGCAAUAGAAAUUGUAUGUAACGUGCCUGUUUGGAACCAAGUAACGAGAGUCUUACAACUUCUGAAUGGUGGGGAAAUAAAGCAAAGAAAGGGAGCAAUAAAAUAAAAUAAUGUGAAAAGUCCUCCUUUGGCCAUAUUAAUGCACCACCUUUCGAAUGGUACAGGGAUUCGUCCGGAACAAAUGACCCAUCUUCCCUCAAUUAGUUUAUAGCUCAGGCGCAGGGAAUUAAAUAUGGGAAAUUUUUUUCGUACCUGCAAAAGAAAUGGAUGAAGAGUGUGUACAUGACAACCGGAUGUUGCAGGUGCAUUGGAUCUCAUUACUAUUCUCAUUUUGUUUUCAUUGUGUCCCUUAUCAUUUUCCUUUUAUUUUUAUUAAUCAUUUUCCUCCUUAUGUUUUUAGUUCUUUUUAAAGAAUGUCACCUAUUAAGAAAAGCUUUGUCAAGUGCUAAGAAUGUAAACAAAAAAAGGAUCUAGACCGUCUAAAGGUGCUGCUGUAAUAGUGCAUAAGAGAAGUCUUAAUUAUGAGACUGUGACAAAUUCACUGGAAAAGAACUAAUACUUCCAUUUGAACACAGACUAAAGCCUAUUAUCUUACCCCUAGUAGACCUACCAAUGCCAAACCUUUCUUUACCAGCAACAGCAAAUCUGGACAUGCCAGAUUGGAACCAGUAAUUGAAAAAUCCCAAAUUCUAAAAUUGAACCAUUACAGUCUGAUCUGAAUAUCUCAGAUAUCACUACUUUUCUCACCCUGUCUAGCCCGUUUUCUUGAUUCAUUUCAUUCAAUUCCGAACAGGACAGCAAUUUUGGACAAAUCAUUACCAAUAUUUAAACAAUAAUCUUUUGCUCAUUAAUGACCAUAUCCUUUGUGAAUAAGAGGAAAUGGUGAUAGGGAUGUUGAAGAAAGCAGUGAAGCCCAAGAAUACUCUCAUCAAACUGCACUGGUUUUAGUUUGUGAUGGUUGAUGUUAAUGUGGUAGAUCCAGAGAUGCCUUUUGGUGUGGGUAAUGAGCUCUGGUCUAUAUUGCUGCAUAAGUAUUAAUUACUUUACUUUUCCAAUGAAUUGGUCUUGUUUAGUUGAGACUUUCCCACAUUUACUAUUACAGCAUUGUCUUAAGGCAAAAUGGGUGGAUCAGUUCUUGCAGGUGGGUAGUGAAUUCAGUCUCUGGGCUGCUAUUGAGAUUUCACAAAAAUCAGAAAUUUGAGAUAUUUAGGAACUGUGGAAAAAAAUGAAGGAUAAGAGUCCAAAACAGUCAUUCUUUAUUUAUAAAUGUGUGCCUAUUUCUAUUUUUUUUUUAAUUAUUGCUUUUGGUGUAAAGUCUUUUGCCUUGUGAAUUGAAAUUGUAUUUUUAUUUUUAAAUCAUCACUGCUGCCCUGUACAUAUCAAUACAUUAAAAAAAAGUGAAA